AUCUGCAAUAAGUAAGGUUUAUGAACAGAUUAAUAACUUACCAGUUGGUCAAGAUCAAGAUAUAGUAAAGUUAAUAUUAGACAUAUUCAAAUCUAAUCUUUCCACAGAAGCAGGAGAUAAAAUAUAUGAUAUUACUCCUUCUUUGGAUUAUAUUGUAUCACUUGGAGAUAACUUGCAAUUAUCUUUGAUUAUCUUGGCUAAAAAAACAGCCUUUCU